CCCAGCGCGGAGGAGAGGAGCGCCAGGAGGAAGAGAAGGAGGCGGAGGAGGAGGAGGCGCAGGCGGAGCAGCAGCAGCAGCAGCCCUGAGAUGCGCUCCCCAGUCCUUCCCCACCAGCGGCCAUGUUAACCACCAGGAAACCUGCUGCCGGGGCUGGAGGAGCCGCUGCUGCUGGCAGCAGGGCAGUAGCAGGAGGAGGAGGAGGAGGAGGAGGGGAGGGCGCCCUCCAGUGCCAGCCUUCGCCAGGCCUCGGCGCCGGAGGGGCCUCCCGGGCCGGACCGGGCACCGCUGGACCGCCUUCGCCCAUCGCUUUGCCGCCGCUCAAGCCCAGCAGCGCUGCCCACACGGUUGGAGGAAAUAAGCACACAAUGAAUGAGCACCUCCACGUCACAAGCCAUGGGCAAAUCCAGGUCCAGCAGCUGUUUGAAGAAAACAGCAACAAAAGGACGGUCCUGACAACACAACCAAAUGGGCUUACAACAGUAGCAAAAUCAGGAUUGCCAAUUGGGCAAGACAGACUAUUCGACUUUGUUGCAAGGCGGCAGGCGAGUGCCAGCUCUUUAAAGUCGACUGAUGGGCCCGGGAAGCUGAAAGCCUCUCUGAUGACACCUGAGCAAGCCAUGAAGCAAUACAUGCAAAAACUAACUGCCUUUGAGCAUCAUGAGAUCUUCAGUUACCCUGAAAUAUACUUUUUGGGUCCAAAUGCAAAGAAGAGACAAGGUGUAAUUGGUGGUCCAAACAAUAAUGGAUAUGAUGAUGACCAGGGCUCUUAUAUACAAGUACCCCAUGAUCAUAUAUCAUACAGAUAUGAAGUCUUGAAGGUGAUAGGAAAAGGGAGCUUUGGGCAAGUGGUGAAGGCCUACGACCACAAGAUGCAUCAACACGUAGCCCUAAAAAUGGUAAGAAAUGAGAAGCGUUUUCACCGCCAGGCUGCCGAAGAAAUCAGGAUCCUGGAGCACCUAAAAAAGCAGGAUAAGGAUAACAACAUGAACGUGAUACAUAUGCUGGAAAAUUUCACAUUCCGCAACCAUAUCUGUAUGACCUUUGAGUUGUUGAGCAUGAACCUUUAUGAGCUUAUAAAGAAAAACAAAUUUCAGGGCUUUAGCCUGCUGCUGGUUCGCAAGUUCGCCCACUCCAUUUUGCAGUGCUUGGAUGCGUUGCACAAAAACAGAAUCAUUCACUGUGACCUUAAGCCAGAGAACAUUCUGUUGAAGCAACAGGGUAGGAGUGGGAUAAAGGUAAUUGAUUUUGGCUCUAGUUGUUACGAGCAUCAGCGGGUCUACACUUACAUUCAGUCACGUUUUUACCGUGCUCCAGAAGUCAUCCUCGGUGCUCGUUAUGGGAUGCCCAUAGAUAUGUGGAGCCUUGGUUGCAUUCUAGCUGAGCUCUUGACAGGUUAUCCUCUCCUCCCGGGAGAAGAUGAGGGAGAUCAGCUAGCUUGUAUGAUAGAACUGUUGGGCAUGCCUUCCCAGAAACUAUUAGAUUCAUCCAAAAGAGCAAAAAAUUUUGUGAGCUCAAAAGGUUAUCCCCGAUACUGUACCGUUACUACCUUGUCCGAUGGAUCUGUAGUGCUCAAUGGUGGUCGUUCCCGGCGGGGCAAACUGCGUGGCCCACCAGAGAGUCGGGAGUGGGGGAGUGCACUCAAAGGAUGUGAUGAUCCUCACUUCCUUGACUUCUUGAAACAGUGUUUAGAGUGGGAUCCUGCAUUGCGCAUGACACCGGGUCAGGCUUUACGGCACCCCUGGCUAAGGAGGCGCUUGCCAAAGCCUCCAGUUGGGGAGAAGACAUCAGCAAAAAGAAUAACAGAAAGCACUGGUGCUAUCACGUCAAUUUCCAAGUUACCUCCAACCUCAAACUCAGCUUCCAAACUGAGGACUAAUCUGGCACAGAUGACAGAUGCCAAUGGGAAUAUUCAGCAGAGGACAGUGUUGCCAAAACUGGUUAGCUGAGUUUGAAUAAUCCAAUGCUGAUAAAUAAACAUACAAGAGAUACUACAUCACUGAGCCUUAUUCGUAUGGAAAAGCAGCUCAGAUUUCUAUUUUUAUUUGCUUGGUAACUUUAAACAUUUGUAUUUUUUCAGUACUCACUUUAAAUGUGUAAGAAAAGUUGGGUUUGGUUUUAUAAAAAAUAACAUGGGGACAAUGCUUUAAGUUUUUACACUUUUUUUAAAGGAAUUGUUUUUUCUUAUAAAUAAUAGUCAGCCUUACUAUGGGAUUAGUGUGGCACAAUAAUAAUAGUGUCAGUGGCAGGCCACUGGUGAUGACCGAACCAUCGUAUCUAAUAGCUUGAUGGGGAAGACGCCCGAGUCCCUACCCACCCCAUAGUUCAUAUUGGCUUUUCUUUGGAGUGGCUUUGUAACACUUUCCUAGUUAUUUCUGUUUGUUUUUGUUCUGGCACUAGAACCCAGUCCUACAAACAUUUCCCUGCAUUUUAAUUUUAUUUUUAAUUUUUUUGCUUUUGAUGAUACCGAAAACAUUCAGGGGUACAAGUGAGAUUCCAUAUGACUAUAGAUGUUGCAUACAGAAUAUGGAUAAUUUCUGGAUUUAUGCAUAAUACUGUCUAUAAAUAUUUAUCAUAUAACAAUAAAAGUUGCAUCCCCCUAGAGCACUUCCAUCUCAUGCUAGUCAAUAUACAGAGCUUGGAAAAGUUGUUCCUAUGGACCUUAACUUCCAGAAUCCCUCAGAUGACAAAGGGGAUUUUAGGAGCUGUAGCCCAAAACUCUGUCCUUGCAUUUACCCCUCAUUUCACUCAGCUCUUCCAUAUAAUGUGUCCAGAGGAUGGAGUGGAAAUGUUGAGAAAAACUGAAAUAUAUGCAAUGCUUACUUACAAAAUUUAAACUUAAGGAGAUUUAAUUUGUGACUUGACAUUUAACACUAUGCUAUUUAGCACAUCUGUUAACCGGACAGAGCGAUCAUGUGCAUGUUUAUGCAUAAAUAAUGACUCACAUGCAUAUGGAAUUGCAACCUGAAAAGUAUAAAUGCCUUAGGUUCCAGGGCUAUUUACUCCUCAUACUGGGACUAAGUUCCAUUGAAGUUGACUGUAACAAACAACAGUAGAUCUGUUGUGCUGUUCAUUUUGUGAUAAGAUGGCCGUUUCACACUCUGUGCAUAGGAUUAGUGAAAAGGACUACAUGGAAUUCAAGGGUCUUUUCAUAAUACAUAAUUAUAGCAAUGUAUUCCACUUAUGCCAUCUUCCUAUGGAAUCCUCGGGUUUGCAUUUUUAAGGAGGGGUAUUAUGAAUUCUGAACCAGAGAGCUCUAGUGCUUCACCAGCCUGAAGUCCCUAGGACUCUAAAGGAUGCAGCCUUGGCGGUCAAAGUGGAAUAUAGCUCUAUAGUUGUGUACUAUGAAUUCCAAAAGUCAAAAAGGAUAGAAGUCAAGCAGUAAUUAACAAACAAGGAAUGCCUUUUGUGGUUUUCUGGCAAAAAUGGCAACACCCUCUUGGUCAGAUAAAUGACUCAAUGGCUUUUUGAUUUUUUGUACUACAUUCUCACUCACAAACUAGGAUGUCUCAAGAUGCCUUGAACUUCGUAUCACAUAAUUCCUAACCAUGGACCCAAGGUCAGGAAUUAUGAGAUAUGUAUUCCAAGGCAUCUGGAGACUUCCCAGGUUGACUGUUCCUGCUCUAAGUACAGUAAAUCAUCCUAGAUUGGAAUUUUUAAAAUGUGUUGACACUUUUCAUGUGUCCAAAUGCGUUCCAUGAGCAAAAUGUUACAAGAAGUAGGUGGUACAGUGAAGAAGGUUGUGGGGAAGGCUGACUUGACAUUGCAGCGAUCAGAGAAGCUUUUCCCCCCUCACCCACUUUCUUUUUGUAACAGUUUGCCUGGUUUGGGUUCACGGAAACUUGCACACAUGUGUGUGUACUUUUUGUUUGGCCUAAUAAAAGUAUUCUACUCCUACAGAUUUUGGUUUUUUUCUUAUGGCUAACAUCUUUGCCCUAUUAAAAAUAUGAGUGUGGCACAUAACUGUGCAUUAAACAUGGGAAGUAACAUUCUGUAAGGUAAAGUAGAGCAAUUUGUGCCCCCCCUUGGUGCUGUUGGACUACAACUCCCACAUUCCCUCGCUAUUUUCUGUGCUUGGGCAUUUUAAUCCAGCAUCAUCUGAAGGGCACAUGUUGCCCAUCGCAAAUGCUUUCUAUUGCUUUAGGUAAAAGAUGGGCAAAAUGGGUGGCCUGUAACCUCCCAACAAAAAGAACCUUGUUUUGAAAAAUGCUCUGAAAUGGCCAAAAAUUAUACUUGAGUGAAAGGUAUUUCCACCAAGUUUGGGGUCUCCCUUAGCAUCCCCUCCCAAUCAAAACAAAAUUUUGCAGAACAAAUGUUCUCUGCUUCAAAAUAUCCCAAAUUGCCUCAAUGGGCCAGACAAACAAAGCAAAAGCCUUAUAUGUCUGAGAGGGGAUGAGGGGCAGGGGCACUUGAGGGAUGCUGCCCUCCCAAGAUGGUUUGGAAGGCUAAUGUGGCCUCAUAGUCUUCCAGAGUUACCUGUGCUGUGAGUAAAAUCAUUACAUGUUUUGAGUGAAUCUUUCCUCUCAAAGGUAGUUUGCAUGAUCUAAAACAUAUUAUAUAGUAGAUUCUUCCACCCCACCCCAGUUCCCAAAAAUUCAGAUUUUGGGGAAGAGGAACCACUUCAUCUGCUUUCCCUCCUAUGGGCCUUGAUUCUAUGGCUCCAAGCAGAGACUUGCUACCACUAUACUAUCAGCUUUCUAUGCUGUGUAGUGAUAAUGGCGGUCCAUCAGUCUUAAGUACCUGGCUGCUAAAGAGUCAGUUUGUGAUCUCUUACAGGUUUAACCACUACUCCUGAUUCUUUAUCCACCGCCACUUAGGUCCAUUGAUAUAUAGGUACAAUUUUUUAGGUAUCAGAUAUAGGUAUCAAUUUUAUGCAUACUAUUUUUUAAAAAAUUGGCUGUGAAUAGCUGUUUGCAUAUAAGUCAUUCAGUCUUAUUAGGUGUCAACUCUUGCGUUGACAUCUAGAUGCAAAUUCAUAGUAUCUAAUAUAACUCAAUGCACAAACUGAGUUGAUUCCUCUCCAGAACUGACACCUGAAUCAUUUAAUUGCAUGGACUUGCCAAGACUGGGCUUGAAGCUUAGUGUUUUACUUUAUGAUGUCAACACACAACACUGGAAUUCCAAAUCUUGACACAGAAUUAAGACUGAUGUAGCCCAAUAUGGUGUUCUCUAUGUGUGUGCAUAGAUUUCCAAAAUUCAGUAAACCUUUCAGUAAUUUUCCAAAACAUAUGCAGAAAUAAUUUCAGUAAAUACUACAAUGGUCUUUAAGAAAAAUGCUAUAAACAUUGCUAAAUAUGAACAAAAUAUUAUUCAGAAAUGAUCUAGCAUCUUUACUUGGAUAAUAGAUUGUGUGUGAUUUUUUUUAAAGUGGAAAGAUGAAUGAAAGUGAGGUGGACGAAUGAUUCUUUAAAAUGGUGAUUGCUAAAGUCAAAAUUGUGUUGCAAAAUUGUGGCUUUCAUGGCCGGAAUCACUGGUUGCUGUGAGUUUUCCAGGCUGUAUGGCCAUGUUCCAGGAACAUUCCUCACAACCUCUGAGGAUGCUUGCCAUAGAUGUGAGCGAAACGUCAGAAGAGAACACUUCAGGAACAUGGCCAAACAGCCCAGAAAACUCACAGCAACCCAGUGUCAAAUUUGUUUGAAGCAAAAUAUUUAAUGCCUGGAUCAUACAUUGCAAACUUAUGAAAUGCAUUUUGGGUCUUUUUAUUUUCUUUUGCAUCCUGUGUCUACAUGAAAGAGAGAUCUUUACAUUGUCUGUUCAGGAGAUUUGUCUGAUCUGAACCUGGAUCAUCCAGACUUCUACAUAUAUUUUUGCUGGGUACAGCUUCUAAAUCGAGUCCAACUUACCCAAGAGCAUCAUUAUCUUCAUUCAUCUCAAAGGAUAAUCAUGCUGUUGAAUUUGACCUAGCUGAUGUGUCAUAGCUUCAUCAACAUACUGUAUUUUCAACCUUUUGAGAUGAAUAUUGUGUAGCUCUUUCUGUCAACUAGCUGGGUUUUUAAAGGGGGAAAAUCAUUAGAAAGCAAUACACUAAAUAAAAGAGCAGUUCUUCUCCAUUGACCAUUGUUGCAGGGUACAUGUUUAAGCACCCCUGUAAAAAUAACUGGAAAGCCUGGGCCAAGUUGGGUUUCACAAACCAGGAUGGAGUGUUUAAAUAAGUGUUCACAUUGCUUCAACAUUUUGUGUAUUUAUUGCCAGUGCAAGUGCUAGUAAUCAGCAGAGCUACAUCUAUUCAUCUAUGUCCUUCUUUAUGAGGAAUAUGCCAGAUUGAAGACUUUGUCCAAAUGUCGACUGGUACUCAUUGUAGGAUAUCCUUCACAGUUCUAGUAUUCUUGAGAAGCUUUUAUAUGCAGAAAAUUGAAUGAAAAUCGCAGUAUCUUGUUAAUUCUGUACCCUGAUGGUUAUUUGAAAUUAUAGGAGAGAGCAGACAUUUCUGCAGUUUAUUGUGUUUACAUUAUUGUGUUUACAUUCUGAUCAUUGAAACAGACACUCUCUUUUCCUGACUGGAAAACAGACUGUUUUUUUUUUUUAGAUAGGAUCCCUUGAUCAGUUCACUUAUUUCUUUUGUACUAGAACGAGAAAGUCUUGAUUCAGUAGAUAGCACUGGCAGAUAAAGGCAGUUUAAUGUGUUGUCAAAGGCUUUCAUGGCCAGAAUCACUGGGUUGCUAUGAGUUUUCCAGGCUGUAUGGCCAUGUUCCAGAAGCAUUUUCUCCUGAUGUUUCACCCACAUCUAUGGCAGGCAUCCUCAGAGAUUGUGAGGAUGCCUGCCAUAGAUGUGGGUGAAAUAUACGGAGAGAAUGCUUCUGGAACAUGGCCAUACAGCCUGGAAAACUCACAGCAACCCAAAUGUAGUUUAGUCUGAUACACUUGCUACUGUCUUUACAUGGAAAAGAAUAGUCAAAACAUUUUAAAGAGUAGCAAGUUAAUUCAGUUCUGCAGCAUUGCUUUCCAAAGCAAACCAAUGUUAAAAUCAAUGUCAUAUAUAUAUAUUGAUUAUGGCUAUCAUUUUUAAGGAGACUGUGGCAUUAAUGGAAGGGUUUGUGGAUGCUAGAACAAGGAGCAAUUUGGUUUGGUAGCAGAAAGUUUCAGGAGCCAUGUUCAUAGCCGUUGAUAUGCACAAAUCAAAUUAUAAGAAUUGUCUUUUUACUACUUAAAGCAUAGUCCCCAGAAAGGCCAAUAAAGUUUCCGGUCAAUCUCUUUUUAAUGAAAUUUACAUGUUUUUGUUACCGUUCAGUGUUGGAAAUGGGCAUAAAUAACAAAUGAGGAAUUCUCAGGAAACACUACUUGCCAAAAACAAAAACCAGCAAAACAAAACAAAACAAAAAAGCUGAAGAGUCCCUUCUUGACAAAUAAUUUAUGGAGAUGCAUAACUUUACCGUGUCCCUUUUUUGCAUAUGUAACUCUUUGUCUCCAAACAAUGCUGAAUUAUUUAUAUUAAAUGUACACCAUUCUGUAGUGUGUGGCUAUGCAAUAUGUAUGUGUAUUAGUAAUAGUGGCUUUGGGAUCUAAGGAUCCAUAGCUUAUCAGGAUGAUUCGUUGUUUACUUUGGCUCUGGUCCCAGUACUCACAUGGAGUUCAUGUACUCUUAUGUGUAACCUUCCAUAUUGCUUCAAAUGGCAAGGCAGUCCUCUAAGGUUCUGUAUAGAGAACUACAACCUGUGUUGAAAUCAAUUAGGAAAUCUUCACAUUUGUGAAAAUCAGAUAUACACAGAAAUGCACCUGUAUCUAUGGGUGUCCUGGUUGGCUCCAUGAUUUUCUUUUCAGCCCCCCAAGAAAGCCCAUUAAUUGUAUUUAAAUGAAUAAAUGUGUCCAUUUUAUUGUUCAAUACAAGUUCAAAGAUGUUAACAUACAUCCACACGGAUAAUUCACAACAAUCAUGUAUCUUGCAUGAACUAAAAUCCUCUUCAGACAACCAGGUUUUAAAUGCCAGUCGUGCAUUUAUGAUCAUAUUCAUAAUGCUACCGGAAACUUUUAGGCCAAAAUUCAGUGUGAACUAUUUUCUUUAACUUCCCGAAUAAUGAAACCUGUAUGCUUUCACGUGAAAAGAGACUGCCACCUAGGAGUGUUCAGUCCCUUGGUUGUUUAUUGUCGUAUCUUUAUAGAUUGGGGAAAGGAAGGAGAAAGUAGGAAAGGAAAAAGAAACUUUCUAAAGGAUCUUGCUUUGACAUGAUUUUGUUUCUAAGGGAUCUAAUUAGUCAGGCUAAUUGAUGUUGGCUUGGAAACUUUGCUUAGUCUCACAUGUUACCGUUAUCAGGGGACAUCUGAGCUUCUUUGCAGGAGUAGUAACAGCACAGUAUUAUCUUGCUUUUGGUUGCAGUCUCAUUUUUGCCCACUUUUGCACCCACUGGAGUGUUGGAUGAUUUGCUGCGUCGGUAUAGUGGUACAGCUAGGGGACAACAGCGUGCAAGACGCAUGGAAGAACUGUGGAGAAUACAAUUGUGCCCUUGAUGUUAACAAUGUGCCUUCUGUUACAAACAACACCACGUCGUGGAGCAUGCAACAUUGUCUCUUUAACCUUUUGAAUGCUGUGCUAUGUAGUCAGAUUAGAACUAGUUUUUAUAGAAAUACUCGAUUCGUCCUUAAUAUAUUGUCUUGUGCAUAAGACACCUAGAGACUCUCCUUGUUUUUCCUGUGGUGAAAUUAAUGAUAGCUCUGCAAGACUCUUUGACUUGCGUUCUUGGCUGACUCUCAUUUGUUUCAUUUGGGCAGCAGCAGGGGAUGUUUCUGGUUGAUUUUGCCCUGCAUUUCCAAGGCCUUAAUAUAGAUCAUAAGGCAAUUGUACUACUUAGCAGAGACAAAAUACUCUUGUGGUAGGACUUUUUGUGCGGCUUUAAAGGUUAAAGUUGGCACUUUGUAGUAAUUAGUUAGCUGUAACCUUAAUAUCCGACAGGUUUUUUAGGAACUACUUUUCUUUUUGUUACAACAGCACUCAACAGAAUCAAUGGCAUUUGUUUAAAAAGGAAGUAAAAUUACCUCAGACUCAUUAUUUUAUAAUAAGAUUUCAUCCCAGGGCAUUUGGUAUGAACCAAAGUGCAUUCCUUUUUCUACGUGUCCGGCUCCAAUAACAUGUGACCAGGGAUUUUUACACACUUGGGUGCAAGGCAUUUAAUGCUGCUGUUACCUUAGUGGGUGGUUUGGGGGUCAUGAAAGACCCCCAAAGUGUCUUUAUUUUCUUUCUUGUUUUUAAAAUAGUAGUUCAUGGCUUCUGCAAGGCAGCCUCCGUUGAUUAGAAUGGGGCUUGUGCAAAACCUUGUGCAGUUGCCGUUGAAGUGAACGGAAUCACAACAGAGCUUCAGGAACUGUGUAGCAAUGGGCUGUAUUGGACUCUUUAGACACGCGUCGGAGUUUUUUGAUUCUGUCUAUUUUCCAUCCGAAACAUCCCCUCCUAAUCAAAAGUAGAUGGUGAAUAUUCUAAAUUCAUUUCUCAAAAUGUAAAAGAAAAGGUUUCUGUGUCAGUAAAGAUUUUAGUACUGCCCAUUUGAAAUAGUGGUAAUAUUGAAAUUUUAAAAAAUCAUUUGUGGAUUAUGUUGUUUCUAGGAGCGUGUACAUCUCUUCUGAAAAACACAAAGUAAUAUUAAAGGAAGUCAUUGUAUUUACUUGGCUCCGCUCAACUGCUACAAUUAUGUCUAAGGUGUAUAUUGGGUUUUCUUUUCUUUCUUUCUUUUUUUUAAAAUAAUAAUAAAACCGAGCAACAACUUAGACACGUGACUGUAAUAUGCUGCAACUGUGUGUACUGAAAAACAUGUGAAAAAAAGAUUGAAUGUGGAUUGUGUAUAUAUGUAUGUAAAAUUUUAUGUGAAACGCUGCUGUUGUCACAGCCCCACUUCACAUUAAAUAUAUUGUAGGGGGUUUUAAUCCUUGUGGCCAGUUUUAUGAUACUAAACGUAUUGUAUAGCUGAUGGCAGGAGUUAAGACAAUUUUAGUGAAUAUUUGUUACAUUUAUUGUUGUGGCCAGAGAUCAUUUCAGAAUAAAAUUUUAUGUCCUAUAUAAA